UCAUCGCACUCCAGCUCAUCUCCCUCACUCAUCACCGUCGCCGUCCGUCGCCGUCGCAAGCUCUCAUCUCACUCAUCAAGCUCUCCACGCCGUCGCCGUCCCAGCCCAGCCCACGCCGUCGCCGUCGCCGUCGCCGUCCCAGCCGAUCCACUUCAGUUCUCUAUUCACAUUCAUGGGUAAGACAGCGUUGCCUUCCGACAAGUCGAUCAAGGAGGACCGGAUAAGUCAGUUGCCAGAUGAGAUGCUUAUCUCUGUUCUUUCUUUCUUGACGCCGAAGGAAGCAUUUAGAACUAGUGUUCUUUCCCAUAGAUGGAAAUGUCUUUGCCCAUUCUUGCCUCGUAGUUUGGACUUUGAUGGUCUAUAUACAAUGUGGGAAAUUGAGAGAGGAAAGAAAUCAUUGCAAUUUGAAAGGAAGAAAAUUUUACAGUGGGUGAAUGACACUCUAAAAUCAUGUCGAGUCUCAACUAUGGAUGAGUUCAGAGUUUGUUUUGAGCUUGAUGAUGGUUCUAAAAGUCACGUUGAUGGAUGGAUUGACUUUGCAAUCUCAAAGGGAGUUAAGAGACUUGAAUUGGACUUUACAGCAAGAAGCCCAUUCAAAGAUGCAAGUAAUUUUUAUAGGUUUCCAAAUGAGCGUUUUACAAGUGACAAAACUUGCAUCAAGUCCCUCACAUCCCUCACUCUAAAAUACAUACGUGUAACUGGAGAGCUUCUGGAGCACUUCCUUUCCAAUUGCCCCUUGCUUGAAAGAUUACAUGUGAACAAUUCUGAAGAUUUAGUGAAUCUGAAGAUUUAUGGUUCAUCGUUGAAGUUGAAGUACUUACACAUAAUACGUUGUUUAGAAUUUAAAAGUAUUGAGAUUAAUGCUCCAAAUCUUGAGUCUUUUGGCUAUGUUGGUAACGAAAUAAGACUGCAUGUUCAUUCUGCACCCCGUCUUCUAGAUGUACGUAUUGGUGGGAUGUAUUCGCAUCCUAUAUAUUAUGCAUUUGGCUCUCUUUCAAGCUACCUUUAUCAGCUAGAGAGUUUGACGCUCGAUGUUCACUCCUAUACUUAUAAUGGCGUUGAAUUCCCUGAAUUUCAAACUCUUACCAAGCUUAAACACCUUAAGGUCACAGUUGCCACAAAUGAGGGAUCAAGCCUCCUCGGUUUAAUACCUCUAAUAGAAGCAGCACCUUUUUUACAUAAAUUUGUCUUUGAGUUGAUAUUGUCGAAGAUCAAUUUUCCAAAAAAGGCAAGGAAGGUGAAGAAAUAUCCCAAUGAACACCUGAAGGAGGUGGAAAUAGUUGGGUUUGCAGGGCGUGCAAUAGACAUUCAGCUUGUUGUUUACUUACUCGAAAGUGCCAUCAACCUUGAGAAGAUUAUUGUUAAUCCUUAUGCUCCAUAUAUAGUGGGAAUCCCUCGCCCAGAGAAUGUGAGGACUACUGUUAAAUUCGAAGGUGCCAGAGAAGCUGCCAAGCGGCUUAAGGAAAAACAACUUACAAGAGCUGAGUUUGUUAUAAUGUAAUCAUCUUUGUUAAUAUUAGUGAGUGUUGGUGUGUGCAAGUUAAUAUUUAUCAAUAUGUAGAGAGCUUGAAUUGUUUUUGUUUUAGUGAUAUUUGAUAUUUAUAUCAAAGCAGUUGUGACUUGUGACAUGGACGAGUAAUUCUUAUAAUGCGAUGGUUGUCUUCUAUUGUUUCUA